UAAAAAGAUUCAAUUCCUUUGAAAAUAUUUAUAAUCAUUCAUACAAGAAACAAUGGUAGUAAGAUUUCCUAGUGCUAUCCGUGCUUCUUUCUUGUCUGCAAAGAAAUCUGCUUCAAGAUCUCUAGAUGUGCCGAGAGGUUUCUUGGCAGUGUACGUUGGCGAGAUGGAGAAAAAGCGGUUCUUGGUUCCACUAUCCUACUUGAAUCAUCCUUCGUUCCAAGAUUUACUAAAUAAAGCAGAAGAAAAAUUCGGGUUUGAUCAUCCGAUGGGUGGUAUGACGAUUCCUUGCACGGAAGAGGAUUUCAUUGAUACCAUUUCUAACUUGAGCAGACCAUAAAUAA